AUGUCUGGGGUCCCGCAACCCGCAGCGCAGCAGCCGCAGCCGCAGCAGCUCGAAGCCGCCGAGGCUAUCGCGAUCGCGCAAUUGAGCCCCGCGCUCCAGGACCCCAAGACGCGCGUCGUCCGGGGUGUCGUGACAAUCACGUGGCCCUACAGCAUCGUCAGGAAAAACAUUGCCUUUCUCCUCGCCGAGGCCGACUUCCGCCUGCGUCGCGCCAAGGGCCAGGUGCGCGUCGAGUUUGCCGGCUCGAGCGCUAAAGCGAUUGCGGAUGCGGCUCUGGGGAGCGGCGACGAGAUUGCGCUGUCGCUGGACGGGGUCGAGCUCGUUGCGGAUGACUCCAAGACGCGCGUUCCGGGUACGAGUUUGGAGUGGCAGCUGAGGUUUACGGAGAGGGUGCUUCUCCAGGCCAAAAUUAGCGAUUCCGAAGAGGUCAAGAUUAUCGAUGUCGACCACCCCGCACAACCCGAACCAGAGCCCGAAGAGGUACCGGUGUCCAUCCUUGAGUCGUUCCAGGAUGUCGAGGAGACCCCGGUGCCGAUAGCGACACCCGCGAAAACACCUCUGAGCAAGAGACCCGCCGACCAGAGCCUUGGCGCCGAUGAGUUUGCGUCCCCCGCGUUCCUCAAGCGCGCCAGGGUUUCGUACGGAUCGCUAUUCGAUGGAGGCCUCGACAUCUUUGAUGAGGCAGACGACGGAGCAAAGGCCCGGGCGAAGAAGAAGCCAAAGACGGGCAGGUACAGCAGCGUUUGGACGUACGCCAGUCGAACUCCGAGCCCCGAGCCGGAAGCACCCGAGGAAGAAGACACAUCCAUGGUUGAGGAGCAGCCGACGAUUGCCACGCCGUCACGGCCUACGAUGGUGGACGGUGCCUGCCAGACAGUGGAGCAAGAGACGAGCCCCCCGAGAGAUGUCCAGGUUGCGGCAGAGGCGCGGCAGGACCCUUCGUACUGGCAGACGCCGUCGAAGUCGACAAUGAUCGAUUCAGGGGUCCAGUCUGAUCUGCCUCCCAGCCCCAAUAUUGGGUUGACUCCGCUCGGAUUUGGACCACCACCGCCUAUGCCGAUAUUCACGUCCGCCCACGAGCAGUAUCCGCCGGCCUUUCAGCAGCCGCCUCUCGAUCCGGUCUUUGGCCACGACAUGGAGCCGCACUACGGCGCCGAAGGGUCAUUCCACGAACACCCUAGCGCGUACCCAGAGGCAGGGCUUGAUCACUCGCCUAUGCACGGCCACUACCCCGCGACGUUCCUCGAUGAGCCGCACUUUGGUCCAGGGGGCGUCGUCACGUCACAGCCACUAUCGGAGCCGAUACCCGCGUACCAGGACCACCCGCAGCAACACGAUCUUGAGGCACAGCCCCACCACACAGUCAUGGUUGACGGGGUCGCCGAGCCUCAGCAAAUACCAUGGGGUCUCACGUCGGCGCACUACUCGAGAUCGCCCGCGAAGCCUGCAGAGUCUGGUGAAUUGCACGAGAAUCGGGCGUCUAGCCCUCAGGACGCCGAUGGCGAGACAUGGGAAGAAGACCGCGAGCGCGAUGUGCGAGACGACCCUGAGGACGAAGAAGAGGCACUCAGAGUAGAGGAGGACCAAAUGUCGGAAGACCAAGACGGCCCCGAGGAGAACUUUCCAUCGAGAACGUACGCCGAGAGACGCCUUGAGCGAGGUGAAGAAGCCGCAAGCAUAGAAAAGGAGAGCAGUUCCGUGGGCAGUGGUAGCAGCAGCGAGAGCAGCGAAGAGAGCGAUGAGGAAGCCGAGCACGAGGCCGACGAUACCGGCGGGGAUUACGACAUUACACACUUCCGCAAUCUUAGCAAUAAUCAGGAUGACGACGCGGGAACAGACCUAGAGUCAGACUACGGACAAGAAGAAGAGGACGAAAUACUGGACCCCGAAGAUGACGAGGAGGGCGAAGAAUCCGAAGACUACGAUGAGGAGGGCUACGAUGAGGGGGACUAUGACGAAGACGAGGACCAGGAGAAUCAACCGCCGCCUGCUGCACCGCGAGGAGGACCACCGGUAGUCAUCGAUUUGCUCUCGGAUUCCGAGGAUGAGGAUGAAGCCCCGCCGCCACCGCCCGCCGCGGCUCCUCAGCGACGGAUACCGCAGUACGAUGGCUCUGCCGAUGAGAUGGAAGACGAGGACAUGGACGAUCAAGAAAGCCAAGAAGGAAGCGUCAGGAACGAGGUCAGUCAGCAAGGCUCGUCGCCUCAGCCGUCUGAUGCGGAGAGUGAAGAGGAGGAGGAGGCGUCGCAAGUCGGCACACCCACGCCGAAGCCCCGUCAGGCGGCAGUGUUUUCCGCCCCGGAGCUGACAACAGGGACGAUUGGCGACGACUUUGAGACGAUGAGCCCGGUGAAGCUGCCGCACAUGGCGGGUGUUCCGAAUAGUUCGUCCCGGCCUACCUCGCGAGGCGAGUCAGAUGAUCUCGAGGCGGAGCUCGGAAAGGAGUUGGAGGAGGAGAUUGCGGCGGAUGAUGCCGGGAGUGACCGUCAGACACCGGCUCCAUCUCAGGGUAAGGCGGGAGAAGCCGUUGAAGACGCGGGGCCUCUGCCGUCGAGUCCGUUUAAUGAGGACGUUGGUCAUGCAACGCCGAAGCAGGCGGCAUCCAGUCCUUUCAACGAGGAUCCUGCUGGCGAUGUAACGCUGAAGCGGGCCGUGUCCAGCCCAGUGAGGACCGAUGUCGAGGAUUCUGAGGUGCUGGGAGAGGAUACGCUCACUGUGGAGUCUCCUGUGGCUGAGGAAUCCAGCCCGGUUCGACCUGUCUCAGCUGUUAAGGCUCUGGCUGAGGAAUCUAGUCCGGUCCGACCCGUUGCGAAGGGUCCGGCUGUUAAGUCGAUGGCUGGGGAAUCCAGCCCGGUUCGGCCUGUCCCGGCUGUCGAGGAGGAACUCGCCGUUGAGUCUCCCGUGGCUGAAUCCAGCCCCGUUCGGCCCGUCGCCGCUACUAAGAAGGAAGCUGCCGUCAAGUUCCCUGUGGCUGAAGAAUCCAGCCCCGUUCGGCCUGUCCUGGCAAUUGGAGAGGACUCUAGCCCGGUUCGACCUGUCUCGGCUACUGAGGAAGCUGCCGUUGAGGCUCUGGCUGGAGAAUCUAGCCCCGCUCGGCCUGUUCCAGCUAUUGAGGAGUCACCGGAGCCAGAGACAGAGGCUGCCGACGUCCAAGUUGCGCCAGAAGAGAAGGAGGCUGUUGAGCCUGAAGAACUGGUCACAGAGGAAGAUGAGGAUCAGCCGGAGCCGGAUCAAUCAGAAGCUCUCGCUACAGAAACUCUCCAGGCAAGAGUAGAGGAUGCAGACACAGUCGAGACCGAAGCCGCCCAAGCAGAGGAUGAAAUUGCCCAGCCCGAAGUUCCUGCCGAGGAUGUCAACCGACAGACACCAGAAUUAGAAGCCAGCAAUGUCGAAGCGCCCGGGCAAACGGAAGAAAUGGAACAAGUCGACCCUGGCGACAAAGUCAUUGCCGAAGAGCAAUCACCGGAACCCACCGAGGUCACUGUGGCCGAAGUUUCUGAAGCAGUGGAAGAGACAGUCUCUGUCGAAGCAACAGUACACACCCCACCUAAGGAGGACACGCCGGACCGUAUCGAGAUCAAAGAAACAGAGAUCACCAGAAUGGAAGUGGAAGAGAUGCAGCCUCCAUCUGACGAUGAAGACAUGGAAGUCUCACUGAUUCCUGAUGAGACCACAGUCCAGGACGUCGAAGAAGCUACAGUCGAGGUGCACAUGGAAUCUGACGACGAGGGCUCUGUCGAGCCAGCGGACGUUGACAUGGGCGAUCCGGACGACAUGUCGGUCGACGACGAAGUCAGCAGCAACGCGAGAGACUCGGAUAUGGAACUCGACGACUUGACCCAGGACCAGCUCAUCCAGAGCCAGCUGUACGAGGAGUCGAUGAUGUACGAAGAAGACCAGACGGUUACGACUUCCAUCACCACGACGCAGGUGGUCGAGGAGCGGCCAGUCUCUCAAGGAGACGAUGCCGCCGACGACGCUCACCCCGAGACUGAAGUUAUUGAAACGUCACGGGUGACUGUUGAGACGACCAUCACAGAGCCCCUGGAGACGACGGAGCACGCGCAACAGGCACAGGUCGAGGACGACGCAAUGGACGUGGACGAGCUGGAGGACGCCAAGUCUACACAGAUGGCAUCGCCGACGCCGACUCCCCAAUCGUUUGAGGAGAAGAUGGGCGAAACAGAAACCUCACAAGUUGACGAACAGUUGACACCGCGCGCCACACAAACCGUCGAAUCCUUCUCACAGUCGUUCGUCGAGACACAGGCCACCGAGGUGACUGUACCAGACGAUGUUGAACCACAGACGGAGCAAUCAGCGGAGCAUCUCGACGAGAAACGCCCCGCUCAGUCCCCCGCAGCGGCCCCAGUCCAACCCCACGAACCGCUGCUGGACGAUGAGGAGGAGGUGGAGAGGGAGAAGGAAGCGUUCACUCACCACGAAGCUGAUGCAGAUGCGACCUCACCUAUCAACGAAGAGUCAUCACAAAUCCGAGACUCGUCGGCGCAACCGUCGGAAGCGCAAUCGUCUCUUAUCGCCGAGGACCCAUCGGAGGAAGUCGUUUCCGCCGCGCAGCAGCAGCCAACUCCGAAGCGAGGUGGUCGCGGCCAGCAGCACCGCGGAACCAACAGCAAGGAUCAGGAUCCCAGCGUCAAGCUGGCCCGUGCGUCGGUUGCUUCUCGACGGUCGACGCGCCUAUCAGAUCGCACGACGCCUGAUAUUCACAGCAGCGCCGCUGCCGCUCCCGUUCGAGGGACGACGGCAACGGCAGCGGCAGCGGCAGUGGCAGCUACGACGACGAGCCGAGGUAGGUCGGCGAGCCUGGCGCUCAAGAGCGAUUCGCCUGAUGCGGACGCGGAGGAGAAUACGGGGGUGCAGCCCGCUAGGGCCGCGAUCAAGUCACCAUCGCGAGCACCCAAGGCCGCCAAGGAGAGUGUCACCAAGGGGGCCAAGGAGAGUGUUUCCAAAGACGCCAAGGGUAAAGAACCAAAGGCCAAGGAGACCUCGAAAGAGGUUGGCGCAGCAUCAUCAACGACAUCAGCACCACCACAACCAACAGAACAGUCCUCCGCAGCCCUCAAAGCCCAACUCACCAAAUCCCUCCGCGCCGACGUGCCGGACUGCAUCUCCCUUAAAGUCCUCCGAAGCCACCCGGGCCGCACGGUCGACGUGCUCGCCGUCGCCACCACGAACCCGCCCGAAGCCAAGCGCGCAAAGGGCGGGCCCCGCGGCAUCAUGCUGGCGUUUAACGUGACCGACCACUCCAUCGCGCCCGCGCAGACGGUCGCCGUGCAGAUUUUCCGGCCGCACAAGGCCGCGCUUCCCGUGAUUCACCAGGGCGACGCGGUGUUGUUACGGAACUUUAGUGUCAUGGUGCUUACGCGGAGCGGGUUCGGGUUGAGGGCGAAUGAUGGGUCUAGCUGGGCUGUUUUUGAGACGAGACGGCACGCGGGGCAGGCCCAUGGAGGCGGGGACGGUGGGAGCAGUGGUGACGCGGACGGCGGUGAUGAUUUGCCGCAGAUUCGGGGUCCGCCUGUGGAGCUCUCUGAGGGGGAGACGGGGUAUGCGGCUCUGCUUAGGCGGUGGUACGCCGGGCUGGACGCCAAGUCGCUCGCGAGGUUGGACAAGGCUAACGAGGCGGCGCCGGCUGUUGGGAAUGUUGGUAAGGAGGGCAAGUGA